CGAGCCGGAAGCAGCUUCUUCUUCUUCGUCAGGAGUAGCUAGCUAGCUGCUGAUAGGAGCCAUUAUGGGGAGCAAGGGAGCGGCGCUCGCGCUGCUGCUCUGCCUGAGCAGCGCGGCCGUGGGCGCUUGGGCUCGCCCGGUCGCCACCACCAAGGACGCCGCCGCCGACGAGAAGUUCCUCUGGCUCAAGAAGCACUUCGGCAAGGGCCUCGGAGGUGGGAUCGGGAAGGGUGGCGGCGGAGGCUACGGCGGAGGCGGCGGCUAUGGCGGAGGAGGAGGUGGAGGGGGCGGGUAUGGUGGAGGAGCCGGCGGCGGGUAUGGCGGUGGCGCUGGGAUGGGCGGUGGCGUCGGCCACGGCAUCGGCGGCGGGUUCGGAAAAGGUGGCGGGCUCGGCGGCGGUGCUGGGCUUGGGCACGGCAUCGGCGGUGGGUUCGGCAAGGGCGGCGGCCUUGGUGGCGGCUACGGGAAAGGCGGGGGGCUCGGCCAUGGCAUUGGCGGCGGGUACGGCAAAGGUGGUGGCCUUGGAGAAGGGAUCGGCCACGGCAUCGGUGGCGGCUACGGGAAGGGCGGCGGGCUCGGCGAAGGGAUCGGCCAUGGCGUCGGUGGCGGCUACGGGAAGGGCGGCAGCGUUGGCAGCGGCAUCGGUGGCGGCUAUGGAAAGGGCGGUGGUCUUGGUGGUGGAUACGGCAAGGGCGGCGGGCUCGGCGAAGGGAUCGGGCAUGGCAUCGGUGGCGGCUAUGGGAAGGGCGGUGGUCUUGGUGGUGGAUAUGGCAAGGGCGGCGGGCUCGGCGAAGGGAUCGGCCAUGGCAUCGGUGGAGGCUACGGCAAGGGCGGCGGCCUUGGCAGCGGGAUCGGCCACGGCGUUGGUGGCGGCUUCGGCAAGGGCGGCGGAAUCGGCCACGGCGUUGGCGGCGGCUUCGGCAAGGGCGGCGGCCUUGGCGGCGGAGGCGGCUACGGCGGUGGUGCCGGCAGCGGCGGCGGGGGCGGCUUCGGCAAGGGCUUCGGGUUUGGGUUCGGCAACGGCGGCGGGUUCGGCGGCGGCGGUGGCGGCGGCAUUGGCGGUCACCACUGAUGGAGAUACGCCGGCACGUGUUUUCCGCAGUUCCAAUACGUGAGCUCUACAUAUCUCAGAACAGAUCGUGCUUUUGCAGUCGUGAGAGUGUGCAGUGCUGGGUUGGUCGUCGUGUGUGUCCUGUCCUCCGGUUUGUUGGAGGGAUUUGUUCGUGCUUUUUUGUUGUAUCGUUUCGUCAUUAAUCCGGUGAUGCUGGUGCCGAUCACAGUAAGUAUGUACCUACUCCAUGUAACGUUUCCUGAAUGAUUCGGGAAAUAUAAAUGAAGCCAAGCUUUGGGCCUCGUUUAGAUCGCAAAUUUGUAUAACAUUUGGAACUUUUUGCUA